GCCUAUUAUUGUCUAUCUGUUAUUGUUUUUUUUUCCUCAGCUGGAUACUGGUAUAUUACUGAGGUAUAUUACAUUAUAUCCGAUUGGACAUUUUCCAAAGCAAGCCUACUGUCUUCUGGCCUUCAGACAAAAAUGCACUUGCAAGUUCGAACAUGCUCACAAAUGUAUAUGUAAAGUUACUAUCACUUUAAAGCCCUCAGUUUACGGGUUCCUUUCACAUUUUGGCUUCGACAAGUGACGAUGGAAGAGAUUAAUGUAUGUGAAAGCAGUGAGGUGAGAAUUGGCCACACUCUGAAUGAAGCCGAGAAGCAUCAUGUGGCUAACAGGGCAGCCACUGUUUUACAAUGCCUGAAGCAGCACGAUAUACCCUGCAACGCGGGUGCGCCUAAAAUAGCAGUGAUGGGUUCUGGUGGUGGUCUGAGAGCUAUGGUGGGACUUCUGGGAUCACUGAGUCAGCUCAAAGAAGAGGGACUGCUGGACAGCAUCACAUACCUGAGUGGAGUCUCAGGAUCUACAUGGUGCAUGGCAUCAUUAUAUAAAGAAUCAGACUGGUCCACCAACCUAGAAGCUGUGAAAGAUGAAAUCAAAGCAAGGCUUACUGAUACAAAAGUCUCUCGCACAAAGAGGGGUAAAAAACUGAAGAAAUACUUUUGUGAAAAAGACAACUUCAGCCUAACAGAUGUCUGGGCAGCAAUGAAUGUAUCUUACAUAGUAAACGAGAUUGAUGAACACAGGCUUUCGGACCAGAGGAGCACGUACAGCAAUGACCCAUAUCCCAUUUACACUGUGAUUGACAAGAAGUGUAAAUAUGAUAGAUUGCAUGCAGAUUGUUGGUUUGAGAUAACACCAGAUGAGUCAGGGUAUUCUCUUACUGGAGCCUUUGUGGAUUCGUCUUGUUGGGGAAGUCAGUUUGAAAAUGGACAGAAGAUUAACAAGCAGCCGGAGAUCGACAUUCUGUUCCUUCAAGGCCUAUGUGGCAGUGCAAUAGCUGAUAUGGAAGAGAUCCUUAAGUUCAUCUUUAGCGAACUACUAAUGCUGAGCAAAGAAAUAACAGAAGAAGGUGAUCUACCACAAACAUUUAAUGCAAAGGCUGGUUGUAAGUUGAUUACAACACUGCUGGAACUGUACGUUAGUUUCCUCAGUGGGGAGGAUCAUUCUGUUCACUGUGAAACUUUGGAUGGUUUACUGAAAGGUCAUGAUAUACUUUUAAAUUUUUUAGAUAAAUGUGACAAAUCGGGACACAAGAUAAGCUCUACACUACACCUCGUGAACAGUGAGACGUUCCUCCACAUCUAUAUGAAUGUCACCCUGAUUAUAUGCGAAUGUUACUUUGACUGGUUUGCAGAUCUUCUGGACGAAAUGUGGAUUGCCAUUGUUAGAGCCAUAGAGAAGGCUGUGCACUGGUACUGGGGAACAACAUACAACUUUGUCUACAAAAUGAAAGGAUCGCAGAAUUUGUGGGAUGAAAUUUGGAAUGCCAUUCUUAGAGAAAUAGAGAAGGCUAUGCACUGGAUCUGGCGAAUGACUUACAACCAUGACGACAAAAUGAAAGACAGUAUCCUUAAGUCAGAAAAGAGAGAAUAUGAGGAUGCAGGACUGUUAAACAACUCACCCUAUUUCUCAGUCCUGAGACAAGAACGAGACAUCGACCUCAUCAUUUCCCUCGACUUCAGUGAGGGAGAUCCCUUUAAGACUGUGGUUGACACUGCUAAAAUCUGUAAAGAAUUAAACAUGGCUUUCCCUGAAGUUGUCAUACCCAGUGGAGAAAAUACAGAACCACAGGACUUCUACGUGUUUUGCGGUUCCACCAAAACUCCAACUGUGAUUCACAUUCCUCUUUUCAACUGCAUUAACUGUACAGGAGAAGUUGAGAAGUGGAAGGAAACAUAUAAAACGAACCAGAUGGAAUACACUGAGAGUAUGAUCUCAGAUCUCAUGAAAAAAGCUGGUUUAAACAUCAGCAACAACAAAGAAAAUCUGCUAAAGUGGAUUAAAUACGUCACUGAACAGAAGAAGUUCAGCACAGCGGUAUAGGUACAAGAGAAGAAAUGAAUGUUGUCCUGUUCCAAGUCUUCUCCUGCUCAACUUGAAAUGUAGCUUCACAAAUAUAAACAAUUGGAGGACUUUGCAAAGAAUGCAUGAAGAAUAAAUCUCCAAUUUUACCCAGACAUCAUCUUCCAAACGUCAUCAACAAAUGGAGAAAAGUACAGAAAAGAAAAGAAGGCCAGCGCAUUCACACAGGAGAGAAACCAUAUCACUGCAUGGACUGCGAGAAGAGUUUUAGUAAGAGAAGAAUUUUAAUAAUAAGAGUCAUCUCAAAACAAGAGCUUCAGGCAUUCAUUUACACUUAGCAAACACAAGUGCAUUACAUGCAGUGACAUACAUUAAAUAAUUCCAGAUCAAGGUUUAUUGUUAAAAAUGCAUUAUAGUUAGUUGAAGUGGUUAUCUAUAUCUGUGAGCUUACUUGCAUAAUGUAUUUUUUUUAUGUUUUAUUUCUGGAACGAGUUUUUGGAUUUACACAAAGCUAACAUAGACAAGUAGUGCUUAAAACAGAAGAGGCAAAAGUGUAUAGGAUUGUCUUACUGUACUUUGGUGUAAUCUUUGUUAAUAUUAGUAUUAAUAAUUAUUGGUUUCAGCUUUAAAAUUGACAUGUGUAGCAGCUGUCAUAUUUGUUAAUGAUAUGGUCAAAAUGUAUAUUAUGAUAUAUUUCUUCUCUUCGGUUGAUACAAUAUAAUUCUAGUAUUGAUAUGAACAGUAUAAAAGCCACUGCCCUUGUAUGAAAUAACACACUGAUAGAGCUAGAUAAUCAAAAUACUAUUUCACAGUAUUUAAAGAUAAUCUUAUGAUGCACAGUAUUUAUUGUAUGGAGUGGAGUGGCAGAUUCUCAAAACAAUCCUAUUUCAACAUUCUUUCAUGCAUAAUACAGUGAUAUAUAUAUAUAUGUUCUGGAACGGCUCACACUUAUGUGCUUGUGUCAUACAUCCACUGUAGAGACAAAUGGUUUUGAUGUACUGCUUUAGACUGGAUAGAGUUUCUUUCUUGUCUUACAGUUUUUCUCCAUUGGUUUGGCUCAUUUCUUGAAAUUGAGAUGACAUUCUCAAAAUAACAUGGACAAAUUCCCAAACUAACUUGCAGUUUCUCAUAACAGAAUGGCAUUUCUCAUUGCUUUCAUCACAUUUCAAAUGCUUUGUACAUGUCUCAAGCACUUAGUACAUCUUUGCAAAUGGUUUUGUACAAGUAGCCUACACUUAACACAAUCAUCCUACAUUUAGUAAAUUUUCCAAAAGAAUGCAUCUUGUUGAUCUAUCUUAAUUGGUUGGUUCUCAGUGUAAUGGUUGUUCUCUUCAAAACAUGUCAGCACAAUUUCAUCGUAUUAGUCAUCAUCUGCAGAAUAGUCUGCUCAAUUCUCAAAAUGAAUUAAGAAAUUGUAAUACAAUACAGAACACAUAUUUUGGAACAUUUCAUAAAUUCAUUACAAUCAGGUGAGUAGGUAACAGGUGAAAGCAGGUUUUGACGAAAAUGAGUGUCCCACAUUACUGGUGACCAAUCCAUCAGUUUGUUGUCUAUUAUUUUGAAUGCUGGCAUUGCUCUA